AUGAAACUUAUAAUUUCUAGAAAGAUUUGUAGUGUUUUAUUAGUUUCCGGAUUUACAAGGUUACAAACUGCUUUUAAACUAUCCAAAAUGCAAGUAUUUACUCAAAAAAGGAACCCUAUUACUGGUAGUACUGAAUGGGAUGUUCAACAUGAAGACUACGAUUAUCAUCAGGAAAUAGCACGAUCCGCAUUCGCUGAUAUGCUUCACGAUACAGAAAGAAAUAAAAAAUACUAUAGAGCUUUGGAAUUAGCAAUCGAAAAGAUGCACAAUGCAGGAAAGAAAGCAAAUGUACUGGAUAUAGGUACUGGAACAGGUUUGCUCUCAAUAAUGGCAGCAAGAUGUGGUGCUGAUACCAUAACAGCCUGUGAAGCAUUCAAACCUAUGGCAGAAUGUUGUAUAAAGAUAUUAGAAAGAAAUGGUGUUGCUGAUAAAAUAACAGUUAUACCUAAAAGAUCUACUGAUUUGACAGUAGGUGAAGAUGGAGACCUUAAGGAAAAAGCCAAUAUAUUAGUCACUGAAGUAUUUGAUACUGAAUUAAUUGGUGAAGGUGCUUUAUCUACAUUUUCCCAUGCACACAAGUUCUUGCUUGAAGAAGACUGUAUAGUAGUUCCUGAUUCUGCAGUGAUCUAUGCCCAAGUAGUUGAAUGCCCUACUCUACAAAAGUGGAAUAAACUAAAUGACUUAGCUGAUGAGGACUUGGAAGUUAUAUUAAGGACUCCCGAAAAGAUGAAGAUGUGCGCAGGAUCAGCUGCAGUACACGACAUUCAACUAUCCCAACUGCCUCGUCAAGCUUUUAAGGAGCUUUCAGAUCAAAUUCCAGUGUUUUAUUAUGAUUGGUCUGGAAAUACACCUAUAGAUAUGAAGAAAACUGUAAAGCAGCAGUUCAAUGUGACAAAUACAGGGAAGGCACAGAUUGUGUUCAUGUGGUGGGAGCUCAAUAUGGACACUGAAGGUAAAAUAUGUCUAAGUUGCGCCCCAUGGUGGUCUCACCCAGACGCAAAGCUAUCAACAGAAAGACCUCAAAACACUAUACCAUGGCGUGAUCAUUGGAUGCAGGCAGUUUACUAUCUGCCACAGGAAUUAACCAUAAAAAAAGAUACCGAAGUAUCUUUGGUCUCAUGUCAGGACGAAUAUUCUCUAUGGUUCUACUUAGAAGAUGGAAAGACUAAGCAUAAACAUUACAAACGGCCGAUUUGUGAAUGUGGAGUUCAUAUGACGUUAUCAAGGACUCAUGUGUCUUAUUUAAACGAUGGGAAAAGGAGCAAAAAGUUUUUAGCUCAAAUUAAGGAAGAUUUAGUACAAAAUGCGGUCGUUUUGGACUUAAAUGGUAGUAGUUUUCUUGGACUAUCAGCGACCAAAAUGGGUGCUAAAUCCGUUUAUAUAUUGGAAAAUAGAUCGUUACAUUUGGGAAUUCUCAACGAUUAUAUAAAAGAAAAUGGAAUCCAGAAUGUCCAAAUAAUUCCAGAUUUAACAGAUGAAGUAUUAGAAAGUGUAACAAAUGUUAUAUGUGAUCCCAAUUUUAGUAGCGCCAUAUUGCCGUGGGAGAAUUUGAAAAUGGCGUACUUACUGUACAAAUGUGGAAGCAAACUGAAAAACAGUGUUAUAGUUAUGCCUGAAAGUUGUGAAUUUUGGGCAAUGCCUGUAGAUUUUCAAGAUUUGCACAAAAUAAGAAUACCUCUUGGCAUCUGUGAAGGAAUAGAUAUGUCUAUAUUUGAUGACCUUGUUGAGAAUUCCCGUGUAAUAAGUGAUUCGGAAAUAGAAGCGCAGCCAUUAUGGGAAUAUCCGUGCAGGAGUCGCGGCGCGCCUCGCAAGCUGCUGGAGAUCAAUAUGAGAGAUCUAAAAGCGACAUUUGCUUGUGAUGGAGUUAAUAAUAUUGUAGAUAUAGACACAGAAGAAAGUAGCUCAGUAAACGGUUUCGCGAUAUGGGCAGUGUGGGUUGUUGGAGGGAAGCAAAUAAGUGCUGGCCCCAUAGAUUAUCCAUCAGUAGGGGACUUUGUUAAUUGGGACAUGCACACUAGGCAGGCCGUUAAAAUAUUGAAAAACUCUGAAAUGGUGAGUGGAUCAGAUAAAUGGAGCUAUCAAGUUGCCUGCGAUCUGGAAAAAGGACAGUUUAAUCUAAGUAUAGACCUGGUUAAAGAG